AUGGAAUCUGCAAUGGAAGAGGUUUCAAGUGAAAUGGCUCAUGAUGGCGAGCCACCAAGUGUGUUACAAGAAGACGUGGUUGAAGGCGUUGUCGAACUGCAGGAAGCUGUGGUUGUUGAGGAGGUUGCACUUCAGGAAACAAUUGCCGAACCGGUGUACUAUCCUGAGUAUCAGUUUGAUACGCAGUGGACACUAAUUUGUGGAACUAAAAAGGAAUUUGAAAAUAACAAAUCACAAGGAUUUUUGAAAGGUUGUAAAUGGUCACCUGAUGGAACGUGCCUUUUGACAUGUGCUGAUGACGGCCUUCUGAGGCUGUUUGAUCUGCCUGCUGAUCUCUACAACAGCCACAAGACAACCUUCCAGGGAUGUUCCACGACUGAGCUUUCACCAUCUUUGAGGAUCAAAGAAGGAGAAAUCAUCUAUGACUACUGCUGGCACCCCCAUAUGUCUUCAUGGAAUCCAGAAACAUGCCUGCUGGCUAGCUCAUCCAAAGGCAGUCCAACUCACCUGUGGGAUGCUUACAAAGGAAGUUUGGCAGCCACAUACCGAGCUUACAAUAACGUCGACGAAGUAGAAGCAGCCAACAGUUUGUGCAUCAGUCCAGACGGAGAAAAAUUGUAUUGCGGUUUUGACAAGUGCGUUCGUGUCUUUGACGUCCAGGUGCCAGGCAGAAAUUGCCAAAUCCGUCUGACCAAAUCUACCGAUGGAUUGUCAGCAAGCCAAUCGGGAAUUAUAUCGUGCAUCGCGGUGAACGCGGCCCUUCCCUCGGUUUACGCGGCUGCUAGUUAUCUGAAAACGAUCGGAUUGUAUUCGGAGCCUGAAGGCACGGCCCUGUGUGUCUUGGAGGGCCAUCGAGGAGGCGUAACUCAUCUCAAAUUCUCUCCCGACGGUAUGGUAUUGUACAGUGGAGGAAGAAAAGAUCCGGAGAUACUAUGUUGGGAUCUACGCAAUCCAGGUCAGGUGCUCUACACUAUGAACAGGACGGUUGAGACGAACCAGCGAAUCUAUUUCGAUUUGGAUCCCAGCGGGCAUUACCUCAUCAGUGGAGACACGAGCGGCUGCGUGACAAUUUGGGACACCCAAAUGGGAGUGGAAACGAGCGCUAGCGAAAGUCCUUUGUUGUCCAUGAAAUCGCUGCCGGAAAGGUUUCGUUGCAGAGUGAACGACGACUGUACGAACGGUGUCAGCUUUCAUCCAUGGCUGCCCUUAGUGGCCACUAGUUCCGGCCAGCGGCAUCUAACCUGUCGGCUCGACGAUUCAGUUCACGACAGUAGCGGCAGCGAGUCGUCCGACUGUGAAAUCGAUGACGAGCCUUCAGCACGGCACCAAUCGAGGGAGAACUCUGUCAAGCUGUGGUGGGCCGGCAACUACAACACCGACCACCAAGAGGCGUAAUUACCAUACACUGACAUUACUGUCAAAUUUUCUCUGACAAAAUGGUCGCUUCUAAUGUGAACAUGCAACAGCGGCCGUCAUUCAUUUUCUUCCUCUAAUGUAAAGCCUAAAAUUUCAAAUAAAAGUCGAGAAUGGAA